AUGCCAACACUGCGCGAAGUUUUUGUCGCGGCGCUCAAGUCUUUGCUACGAGGCAAGACUUUCCUCCAGGCCCUGCUGGCCUUCUGGAUCAGUCCCGCAGCCAUCAAGGACGCCGGCCCCGGGUCCUCGAUACCCAAAGGAGCCGAGGUGGCCUCCAAACCACCCCGGAGUCCCGAGGACUUCCUCAGGGAAGCCGAGGAGCUGCUGCUGCACCCAAUCCGGCCGGAUGGCUUGAGCGAGUUCUCGCUGAGCCUCAAGGCACAAUUCAGGGAUGGCUUGUUGAACAACCCGGCGUGCAUGCUGCCCUCAUACAACCACCAAUUGCCGAACCGCUCAGAAUGUGGCCAGUAUCUCGCGCUCGAUGUCGGCGGCUCGACACUGCGGGUGGCCCUGGUCGAGCUGCGAGGUCAGGAAGCCCAAGGCAGUGAGAGCUGUAUCGUCCGAAUAGACUCAUUCAAGAUCGAUCCUGCAAUCAAGAAGCUCAAGGGCACAGCGUUCUUUGACUGGAUGGCACAGAGGAUAGUGGACACAGUGUCCAAGGCCCUAGGAUCAGAGAACAGCCCCGAAAAGCCGCUGCUCAUGGGGAUGGCGUGGAGCUUUCCCAUCGAGCAGACCUCACACAAGGGUGGCAAGCUGCAGGGCAUGGGUAAGGGUUUCCUGGCCGCCGAUGACCUCCUGGGCCAAGAUCUGGGGGACAUUAUCAGGACGGCGUGCGAGACCAGGGGCCUCCAUGUGGAGCUGGCAGCCAUCGUGAACGACUCGUCCGCCUGCCUCCUGUCCGAGGCGUACCGGAAAUCGUCGACACGGUUCGGCCUGAUACUAGGCACCGGCGUCAACAUCGCCGUUCAUCUCCCCGUGCCUACUAUUGGGCGAGACAAAUUCGGCUGCCGGCCAGACUUCUGGUUCGACAAGGCCAGCCACGUCAUCGUCAACACGGAGCUGGGCAUGUUCGGCAAGGGGAUCCUGCCGGUGACGCGGUGGGACAAGGCCCUCAACGCCGCGCAUCCAAAGCCCGAGUUCCAGCCACUGGAGCACAUGGUCAGCGGCUUCUACCUGGGCGAGAUGUGCAGGCUGGCGCUUGUCGAGGCCAUUGGCUCAACAGGCGUGCUGGGCGGCGUCGUGCCCCCAUCGUUACACCUGCCUUACUCCCUCGACUCGGAAACAAUAUCAUUAAUAGAAGCAGACACCACAUCAUCACUAAAACCCUCACUCACCACCUUUCAAUCCCGGCACCCAUCCCCAGUCGAGCCCACCACAGCAGACAUGACCUUCAUCCGCGCCCUGGCAUCGUACAUAUCACGGCGCUCAGCCGCCAUCGUGGCUUCGUCGCUCUUCGCCCUGUGGCAGUUCAAGAAUGAGGCCGAGGCCGAGUUCCAGGCCUCUGCCUCGGGGCCGUCAAUGACGAGCCCGCCCCACUUCGCCGCCGCCGCCAGGGCCGAGCUGGCCCUCGACCGCCACGUCGUGGCCUUCAACGGCUCCGUCAUCGAGCACUACCCGGGCUACCUGGGCCGCUGCCAGGGCUACAUCGACGGGCUGCUCGCGUCCGCCGGCGCCGCGCCCGGCACCAUCAGCCUCGCAGGCGCCAAGGAGAGCUCCCUGCUCGGGGCGGCGGUCGCGCUGGCUUGUCUGGAGGAGGGCAAGGCGAACUGA